AUGUUCGUAGCCUUAGGUGGCUUCACCUAUGGUUUCGGCUUCUCCGCCUUCGUCACUUGCCAAGGGCAGCCCGGUUUCUACUCAGAUUUCAAUCUGGACCCUGCUAGCACUCAUACUGCCCACGUCCUCGACGCUGUGAAUGCUCUCUUCACCGCCGGCGCCGCUAUCGGAUCCAUCGCUCAGUCUUUCAUCGCCGAUAAGUACGGACGCAGGAUCGGGCUUGGGAUUGCGGCUAUUUGUGCUCUUGUUGGUGCCGCAUUGACCGCUGGUUCCGUCACUAUUCCCAUGAUGAUUGUCGUCCGACUUCUUAUGGGGUUUGGCCUGGGCAUGGUUAUCUGCUUGGUACCUCUUUACCUUUCCGAAGUAGCCCCACCACGUCGACGAGGUCUACUUGCUGGCAUGACUGUACUGAGCUUUGGCACUGGCUACCUUGUAGUAGCGUGGAUCGCGGUGGGGACGUACUUUGCAAGCAGCCAGACUGUAGCGUGGCGUGUACCUCUUGCGUUGGCUUGUGUGGGACCUAUGGCCUUGUUAUGCGCUCUACCCGCGAUUCCAGAAACACCCCGCUACCUCAUUUGGGCAGGCAAGAAGGAGCAAGCAUGGAAAGUCCUGCACCGACUGCACCGCAAUCCACGCGACGCAGAAGAUCGUGUUGCUCAUGCAGAGUACACACAGAUCGUGCUACAGGUCGAGCAUGACAAGGAUCUCGGAGCUGGAUUCAUACAGAUGUUCCGACUACCAACCUGGCGGCGAAGAGCUUUCUCUGCGAUCUUCCUUCUAUUCGCCUCACAGUCGACUGGGAUUACAGGCAUUUCCAACUUUCUGCCUGUCAUAUUCUCUGGACUUGGCUUAACAGGCGUUAUGCCUCUCGUCAUGUACGGUGUCUGGACUACAAUCGGCACAUUAGCAGUAGCCGUGUCGAUCGUCAUAGUCGACCGUGUUGGCAGACGAACGCUUCUCCUCAUCGGCUACCCUCUUCUAGCAAUCUUGUUGCUAUCACAAGCGCUCCUGCAGAACGCCUACAUCAACCCCACCGACACUAACCCCAAUAAAGGCGGACUCGCUGCGUGUCUCUUAUUUCUAAUUCUUUACAUCAUCUGCUACCAAUGCGUUGACGCUCCAUCCUUCAUUUGGGCUUCCGAGAUAUGGCCCACGCCUAUCCGCGGCAAGGGUGUUAGCUUGUCCUUUUUCGCCUACUUCGUGGGAGGAUUAACGUAUACGACCCCAAGUGCGCUUGCAUUCAAAAACAUUGGCUGGCAUAUGUACCUCCUCUAUAUGGGUCUCUCCAUUAUUUCGGGAAUCCUUGUCUACUUCAUUAUCCCAGAGACCAAGGGGUUACCGAUGGAGGAACUGGCGGCCUUGUUUGGUGACGAAGUCAUGGUCCAUUUGACUGCAGACGACACGGGAUUUGUGGAAAGUGGUCCGAAAAUCCAGGCAAUAGGUGCCCAGGUAAUAGAGUUUGAGGAGAAGAUUGCAUAUGAAGAUGAGGAAGGCAGAGGGUCGCUUGAAGAUAGUGGCAAGAUUAGUGGCACGCAGUACCACGUUGAGACGGUGAAUUGA